CACUCGACUUGAACAUUUCCACCUCCCUCAUCUUCCCUUUCACUCUUGUUUAGAGCCCGCCUACACAACCGUAGACAUGGCUUCCGGUCUUCCCAUCGCCACGGUAUACGUACGAAAUCUUGAGGAGCGCGCCAAAGUCGACCAGCUGAAGGAUGCGCUGCUACAGAUCUUCUCCGAUUACGGCAAUGUAAUUGAUAUUGUCGCCAAGACGAAUCUCAAGGCAAAGGGCCAGGCUUUUGUCGUCUUUGACGAUCCCGAGUCUGCGCGCAAGGCCAUCGAGGAGGUUCAGGGAUUCGAGCUUUUCGAGAAGCCUAUGCAGCUGGCUCUAGCCCGGACAAGGAGCGACGCGACUGUGAAGUCGGUAGGCAACGACGACGAGUUUGAGCUUCACAAGCGCCGCCGCCUGGCUGAGAAGGACAAGAAGAAGGCGCUCGAGGCUGCCGAGGAGCAGAAACGUCUCAAGAGACCUGGCCCCGGCGGUGCGGCGGCAACAGAUGCUCGCCCUGCCAAGGCUGCCCGUGGAACUGGUCUCAAGUCCACUAAUCCCUCCACUACAGCUGUUAUUCCCGACGAAUAUCUGCCCCCGAACAAGAUUCUCUUCGUACAGAACUUGCCCGACGACUACGACAUCGAGGCUGUCACCAGUAUCUUUGGCCGUUUCGAGGGUUUCCGUGAAGUCAGAUUAGUGCCUGGACGCCGCGGUAUUGCCUUUGUAGAAUACGAGGGUGAGCAGGGUGCCAUUACGGCCAAGGAGAACACGGCGGGCAUGGUGCUGGGGGACACGCACACAAUCAAGGUCACAUACCAGCGCCAGUAAGAUGGUCGAUGGAGAUGAAGGCAUUAGCCUCAAUUCUGUUAGCAUGUAGAGAGGUAAUAAAUGUGUUCCUGAAGGGUAC